AUGUCCAAUGGCCGUCAAGCUGGGAAAUCGUCAACUUCAUUCCACUUCGCAGCUGGUCUGGGGUCUGGCGUCCUUUCUGCAGUCCUUCUGCAACCUGCCGACCUGCUGAAAACUCGAGUCCAGCAAUCUGGACAUAGUUCACUACUAGCUACGAUCCGCGAAAUCUCGAAAUCAUCAACCUCGAUUCGGUCUUUUUGGAGGGGAACUCUACCCUCAGCUCUGCGGACAGGUUUUGGGUCUGCCAUCUACUUCACGACGCUGAAUGCCUUACGACGCAAUGUGGCGCGUUCGAAUCUGCUGGCAUCCAUUGGGGCCAUAGACAAAAAUGCCGUACAAACCUAUUCUUCCUCACUUCCGAAGCUAUCGAACCUUGCGAACUUGACGACGGGAGCUGUUGCUCGCACAGGUGCAGGAUUCAUAUUGAUGCCUAUGACUAUCAUUAAGGUCAGAUAUGAGUCUAAUUUGUAUGCAUACAACUCAAUUGCCGGAGCCGGCAAGGACAUUCUGCGAACGGAGGGUCUCAAGGGGUUCUUUUCUGGUUUUGGAGCAACUGCUAUCAGAGAUGCGCCUUACGCAGGUCUGUAUGUCCUGUUUUACGAACAGCUUAAGAAACGUCUGAGCCUGGUCUCGCAAAAGCUACCCGUGGCCGGAGAAGUACAGGCUGGGAUGAAAGGCUCCAAAUCAGCAUCAAUCAACUUCGGCUCUGGCGUAUUAGCAGCCGGUCUGGCAACAGCUAUCACGAAUCCAUUCGACGCGAUUAAGACCAGAAUACAACUACAACCCAAAAGAUACCUCAACAUGUUACAUGCCGGGAAGAAGAUGAUACAGGAGGACGGCUUCAAGUCUCUCUUCGACGGCUUGGGCUUAAGGAUGGGUCGCAAGGCUAUCAGCUCAGCCUUGGCUUGGACCUUGUACGAAGAGCUUAUUAGAAGGGCUGAGCUUGCGUUGGGCAAAGCUCACGCUGUAUGA